GGCGAACUGAAGUUUUCAAAUUCUGAUCUAUCGAUAUCAAGAUAGCUGUGAAUGUACCGCGUUCUCCUUUUGUUGUUUAUCGCUAAGACGCGCGAGGGAACAACGGUUGUCGACGAGGCUUGUUACCCACUGACUCGGUUCGGACUUCUAUCAACUCGGUGGGCCACGUAUGCAUUAAGACAGCUAGCUCCUUUGGUGGACCACGCAUGCUCAAGACAUAGCUUGACGCCCUCUUCUGUGGAGUAUAAAAAGACAGCAUCAAAAAUGAAGUUACCAACAACCUCCUUAAGCGAAAUCAACUCAUCAUCAUGUUUAUCCGCCUCUCUACUGCUUUUGUUAUGCUCCUCGGCCUGACGGCCCUUGUCAGCGCAGUGCCGGUAAGCC